UUAGAUAUCUACGGUCCAAAACACACCCAAUCAUUACACGCGCACCCUUUGCCAACAUGAAGGCGGAUAGGGGAGCCCCUGCCAUUGAAAUACAAGAAUACAACUUGUAAUUUCAAGAGGUAGCGAAUCCCAUUGCCUACGAAAAUAGAUGCGACACCGAAUUAAUAUUUUGGCCCUGCAGAAUGUCCAAGAUAAGGCGGAGGGUAACAGUGGAGAAUUCUAAAACCAUAUCUGACAGCAGCAGUAGCCAGACCAGCACCACCCCGUCUCGCCGGCCCAGCGUGUUUGAAAGACUCGGCCCCAGCACUGGUAGUAAUGCUGUCGAGACUAAUUGUAGAAAUUGGUUGAAGACUGGGAAUUGCAGUUACGGCAAUACUUGUCGCUACACACAUGGAACUCAGCCACGAGGCAAAGGAUUUAGUGGAUCUUUUAGCAGGUCAGCGGAAAGACCAACUGGCGAUCUGCGAGAGAGGAUGAAGAAUAAGAGGCAGGAUGUUGAAUCAGAUGCUACAAAGAGAGACCCAGAGGAACCUACGUCCCCCACAACCAGACAGCGAGACUCGUCCCGAGGCCGCCACAGGGAGAAGGAAGAUAUAAAAAUCACUAAAGAGAGAACCCCUGCCAGCGAAGAAGAGACCACCGAGUGGGAAGCCAACCGCGAAGACUCGGAUAACGGCGACUACGACUACGAAUUGUCCCUAGAGAUGAAGAGGCAGAAGAUCCAGCGGGAGCUCAUGAAGUUGGAGCAGGAGAAUAUGGAGAAAAGAGAGGACAUUGUUAUCAAGAAGGAGGAGCCGACCACCAAAACUAGGACCACUAUCAUAUCCAAGACAUCCCCGGAGCGUUCCAGCUCUAAAGGUUCCCCCUCCUCCAGGAAGUCCAGUGGAUCUCCCAAACACACUAAAGGACCUAAAGCUUCCGGUUCUAGGAAGAAGGAGAAGAAGACCUCUGUGUCGUCCUCUGCGUCCGCCACGGCCAGAUCUUCCAAGGGGGGCCACGGGAAGAAGAAAGGUCCCCGCACCCCCAGCCCUCCUCCUCCGGUGCUUCCGCUGGUGAACCCUGUCGUGGCAGCCGGGGGGAAGAAACACAAGGGGAAGCACAAGAACAAGGAGAAGUGUGAGGAGAAGCCGCCCAAGGAGGGAAAGGAGAGAGGGAGAGACGCGGAGAAACACAAGGAGAAGAAGGAGAAACGCAGAGACCGGUCAGACAGCUCCCACAAGGCCAAGCGGUCAGUGAUGUCUGAGGAACGUUCCGGCAGCGUGUCCUCUCCUUCCAGAGACCGAGAGAUGUCCCCGUCAGCCAGGAAGAACAAGUCCACCUCCCCAAAAGUAGCCUCCCAGAAGAGCCUUGCGCCUGCCUCCCCACCUCACAGGUCUCCCCCUCCCCGCCACAAGCGCACCCCCACCCCGCCCCGCCACCACUCCCCCUCCUCCCACUCUGGCUCCUCAGCCCAGAGACACUCUCCUUCCCCCCGCCGGCGCCGCUCGGCAUCCCCCGCCUACAACCGCGAGCCCCCAGCCGCCUCCUCACCUCCUGGCCAGAGGUGUUCCUCCCGCUCCCCUGCAGCCUCCCGGGACACCUCCUCUCCUCAGAGGAGGACUAGCCCCGGAGGACGAAACCACUCUCGGGGGCGUGAGAGAGGACGCAGCGAGAGGGGGAGGAGCCCACCUGUCCAGGAGCACCGACACGAGCGUCGAGACGAGAGCCGCGGGAAGCGAGAGAAAGACUGUAGCCGUGACGACCGGGACUACGAGGUGGCAGAGACGAGCUCUUCUCGUGAUGCUGCCCGUGAGGACCGGGAGACAAAAGAGGGGCGAGAACGCCGGGGUGACGGGCGCAGCGACCGACGAGGAGACUCCACCAGUACCUCCAGGGACCCCACCAGGGAUAGAGACCGGGACACCAAGGACUCGACCCGGGAACCCAGAACCACAGAGACCACGUCAACACGCUCCGGACGAGACCCUCUGGAGUACAGGGACCGGGAUCGAGAACGGGAGAGGGAGCGAGAAAAGGAGAAAGAGAGGGAGCGGGAGAGAGGAGAGAGGGAGAAGACGGACAGGAAGGAGGAGGCUGUCCCGGAGGAGGGGAGGGGCUAUGGGAGGGGCCACGGGCGAGAGGAAGGAGGGAGGACUGAAGGGAGGGGGGAGGUACGGGGGGAGACGAGGACAGAGAGUAGAGCUGAGAGACCUGGCAGGGGUAGGGGCCGCGAGGCUGACGCAUCUGACAAAGGCUCCUCCACCAGGAAUGCCCGAGGCUCCCAGCUGGAGACUGGUGGUCAUGACAGUUGGGAGUCGCGUAGCGGCGGAGGCUUCCGUGAGAAGAGUGCGGAGAGGAGCACCGACCGUGGGGCGGAGAGAGGAGGCGCAGAGAGAGGAGGAGGCGCCGAAAGAGGAGGUGUGGACAGAGGAGGAGCGGAGCGUGACCGUCAUGACGGAGAGAGGAGAGGAGGGGAGCAGGCGACAGGGAGAGACUCAUCCUACGACCGUAGAGGUGGUCACACCGACCGUGGUGACCGCAGAGAGAACAGGGAGAGAGACCAAAGAGCAUCCUCUCCUGGUCGGCACCCAGCCAGAGGAGAAGAGCCAGACAGGGAGGAGACCAGAGGGAGGGAUGAACGCAGAGGAGAGGAAAAGGGAGGGGACAGACGAGAGGACAGGGCCCGAGAGAGGGAGCGAGAGAGGGAACGGGAAAGAGAGAAGGAGAGGGAAAGAGAGAGGGAGAAGGAGAGGGAGGCAGAGCGGGAGAGGGUCCGGGAGAGGGAGCGAGAACGGGAGCGAGAGAGGGAGAGGGAAAAGGAGAAAGAGAGGGAAAAGGAGCGAGAGAGGGAACGGGAGAGGGAAGAAAGGGAGCGGGAGAGGGAGGAGCGAGAUAGGGAGAGGAAGGAGAGAGAGCGGGAGAGGGAACGAGAGCGAGAGAGGGAGCGAGAGCAAAGAGAGAGGGAGAGGCAGCGGGAAUGGGAGGAGCGUGAGAAAGGAAGGGAUGAGCGACGGGAACGGACUAGGGAUGAACCAAGGGACGACCGCUCUGUCCGAGACUCGCAUGAAGACCGCAAGACCAGCCGGAAGAGGCACAGGGUAGAGACCACACCCAGCCCGACUCGCCCCUCUCCCAAGCGAGCAAGGGACGCCACCCCAGGAGACGGCGAGGAAUACAACAGCCCUGAGGAGAAAAGUGUUGAGAAACACCGGCUGUUGAGUCAGGUGGUACUCCCGCCCCAGGAGCCCCUCCUGCGUUCCCCCCCCAGCACCUCUGUAGCGGAGGACACCAAGCCCAGCCGCUGGAAGGACGAGGAGCGCCGUGGAGGCGGGGACAAGAGGGAGGGGAGGAGCCGCCGGAACGAGGAGGCCGACGCCCGUGGAGACAGAGGAGGAGCAGGCAGAGGAGGGGAGAGACGGGGGGAGCACCCCUCAGAUAGCAGUACCCCUGUCUCGGCCUCCGGCUCGGACUCUAGGAGAGGUAAAGAGAGGGACGGUCGGGAGCCCACCCCUCCCCCGCCGCCCGUGGCCCUGGUCACUGAGGACAGAGACGCUCCAGUCCCGUCAGGUCAUGAGGAGGGCAAGAAGAAGACCAAGUCCCAGAAGAAAGGCCUGAAGAAGGGGAGGAAGGAGGAGGGUGUGGCAGGAGGUGUUUCAGCUCCAGAGAGGUUCACCAACCCAGAGCCCCCCUCCUCCAUGGCCCUCUCGGACGGCCCCCCGCCCCCUCUCCUCUCCCCCCGCAAGGCGCCUAAGAAGAAGGCGCUGGACAAGAAGAGGAAACGAUCCCGUGGCGCCGAGUCGGACGCGUCUGAGGAGGAACCAGGCUCCUCCCAUCUUCCCCCGGGCAAGAGGAACAAGAGGGGUCCCCGGACGCCCCCGCCCGCGCCAAAGGAGGCUCUGCUAUCCCAGAGGGCCGUGCCACAUUCUGUUGCAGAGCCCUUGCCACAGCCCGUCAAAAUGGACGCCAACUUCAGCGACUGGUCUGACGAGGAUGUGCUGGAGCGCGGUGUCCCCACUGAGAGGACUCCGACUGGAGCUCUUCCCAGGAGAGGAGGUCCGAGGGGGGGCAAGGAGAGGGAGAGGGUGGAGAGGCCUGUUCCCCCGCCCAUCGCCCCUCUGCUGUCCCAGGACCCUCCUAUGUUACUCCAGACCCUGCCUCCCCAGCCCCUCAUGUCCCAGCCCCUGCUGAGGAAGCCUCCUCCGGAGCAGAAGAGGAGCAGCAGUAUGGGAAGCAACCAGAGCAGGGCCUCAUCCAGACGUCUCCGCUCUCCCUCCAACGAGUCAGCCCACAGAGAGGACCCUCAGCAGGGCCAAGGACCAGGCCGACCCAGGAGAGGACACCAGCUCCAGGGGGGCAACUCCCGAGACCGGGAACGAGAAAGGGAGCGAGACAGGGAAAGAGAGAGGGAGCGUGGUGAGAGAGAGAGGGGACCAGUUGUCACAGAACCUCCGGUGGUGAGGGGAGAGGAGCGGAAGUCACGCAUCGACCAGCUGAGGAGAGGAGAGCCCAGUCGCAGCACCUCCUCAGACCGGCAGGACUCUCGCAGCCACAGCUCCAGACGAAGCUCCCCUGAGUCAGAGCGUCAGGUGCAGUCGCGGGCCGGGUCCUACGACGGCCGAGAGCGUGAGAGGGAGAGAGAGAGGGAGCGGGAACAGUUUGAGAGGGAGCGUGAGCGCAAGGACCUCCGACAGCAACAGGGGCCUCCGGGGCCACUACCUCCUCUCCAGCCGCAGGGGCAGCAGAGAGACUGGGAGCCCGAGGGGCCACGGGAGUGGGGUGGGAGGGGCCGUGAACCCCUCCUCAUGCGUGGAGGCAACAGAGAGCAAAUGAGAGAGCGUGAUCUCCGUGACAUGCGGGGUGAGAGAGAGCGGCUUCUGCCCGAGGGUCUCCUGCAGCAGCACGAACGAGAGCGGGAAAGGGAGCGCGGCGGCAACAGGGGCGUUGGCCGAGGUGGCGACCAUGGCAACGACCGGGAGCGGGAGAGGAUGCUGCUGAUGGACCUGCCGCCACAUGGGGACCCCAAGAACAGGAUGGACAUGAGGGGAGACAGACCAGAUUUAAGAGGGGACAUGCGAGGAGAUAUGAGACCUGAUAUGAGGGGAGACAUUCGAGGGGAUAUGAGAGGAGAUAUGAGGGGAGACAUGAGACCUGAUAUUAGGGGAGACAUUCGAGGGGAUAUGAGACCCGAUAUGAGGGGAGACAUUCGAGGGGAUAUGAGACCCGAUAUGAGGGGAGACAUUCGAGGGGAUAUGAGACCCGAUAUGAGGGGAGACAUUCGAGGGGAUAUGAGACCCGAUAUGAGGGGAGACAUUCGAGGGGACAUGAGACCUGAUAUGAGGGGAGACAUUCGAGGGGAUAUGAGGGGGGACAUGAGACCUGAUAUGAGGGGAGACAUUCGAGGGGACAUGAGGGGAGACAUUCGAGGGGACAUGAGACCUGAUAUGAGGGGAGACAUUCGAGGGGAUAUGAGACCUGAUAUUAGGGGAGACAUUCGAGGGGAUAUGAGACCCGAUAUGAGGGGGGAUAUGAGAGGGGGACCGGAUAUAAGACCGGACAUAAGGCCAGAUCACAUGAGACCAGAUAUCAGGGGGCCGGACAGGGUUGAGUUCUCUCUCCUGCUCCCCCACGAAGCUUUGGGACACGGCGGCAUGGACCAGGACAAACCAGGCAACAGCCAUCACCCUGUGGGAGGAGAGAUACAGGAAGCAGAGAAACAGGACAGCAUUGACGACGAAGAUGACGCGAAGGCGGAUGACGCUGUGUCGGUGGUGUCUGGCGGGGAGGAGUACGAGCCAAUCAGUGAUGACGAGUUGGAUGAGAUCUUGGCGGACAGCGCCCAGAAGAGAGAGGAUGGGCAGGAAGAAGAGAAGACGCCAGGUCCCCUGGAUGUGAUUGAUGUGGACUGGUCCAGCCUGAUGCCCAAGCAGAAGCAGGAGCCCCGGGCGGCAGGGGCAGCUCUGCUCCGGUUCACCCCAGGGGCAGUGCUCCUCAGGGCGGGCGUCUCCAAGCGGCUGGCUGGGCCCGAGCUCCUGGAGAGAGUCAGGGAGGUCUGCAAGAAGGAGCUGGACGACCCUAAAGAUGCUGACAAGCUGUUUGAGCACGACCUGGGUGCUCUGAACAAGGCAGCUCUGAACAGGAAGGUAGAGAGGGCAGGUCUGCUGAGGAACCUGGGCCCCUGCUGUAAGGCCCUCUGUGCCCGCAGGGACAUGGCCAUCAGACGGCAGCUCCUCAAGAACGAAAAGGGCCUGACCAAGCAGAUGUACCCCAGUGUUCCUGUGGUGGACAGUGAGCUCUUCCAACUCAGCAUGCGUCUCUUCAAGAAAACUGUAGCCGCCGCCAGAAGCAACCAGCCCCCGUUGGGGCCCCCAGCAGGCCCAGAGAAGGCCGACAAGGGGCCACUGGGGCUGGUACCGGCAGCUUCACCGGUAGCCAAGCCCGGUACACCACAGCCCCCCGAGAUGUGUGUCUCCUGAGAGCGUGCGAGGCUUAUGGGUAAAAACAAACGCUGCAUGAUGAAACUGACCUGUGAUCAGAAAUUGAAUCAGCUCUGACUACUAAGCCUGCUCUGAGUCCCCGCCCCCUAACUCUAAACCACGCCCCCUAACGCUAAACCCCGCCCCCCUGCUAUAGCCUUUUUAAUCACAAGGAAAAAUCUAACAAAACGCUGAAACUCUUGUCAGUCAGCAGUGCUGUCAUUAUGGAAGACUGAUCUGAUCCGCAAGUACUGUACUGCUUCUACCAUAGAGACUAAUGGAGAUACUAGCCUAUGGAGGGAUUGAUAGAGGCCUUGUACAAUGUACUGUACCUUGAACUAGAAAUGAAAAUGCUGCUGGAAAGACAUGCAUUUUCCCAAAUAACACUGUUGUUGUUUUUGUGCGAUUGGAUAUUUGUUGUCGGGGGUGAUAAGUCUCCCUUUCAUAAUAAGUUGCUAUGUUUUUUGUUUCUUUUGUUGUGCAUUGGUUAUUAAGACUGCAUUAAAGUGGUUAGUUGUU